CAAUAAUGUCGAAGAGAAGAAGAUGGGAUUUGAUAAAUUAGAAGGUGAAGUUAAUGUCAAUGAAAGAGAUGAGGCAACGAAAAGCAGGGAAGAUCCUAUGCAAAAGAUAAAAGCCCAACAGUUGAAGAAAUUAGAAGAGAUGAGACUACAGAAAAGAUUAGAGGAUGAGAAAAAACGCACCAGACACACUGAUGAGAAAAGACAUCGAAGCAGUCACAGAGAUGAUGAAAGAAGGAAUAGUCGCUAUAGAGAUGAUGACAAAUAUAGGUCUGAGAGACACAGAGAUGAGAGAUACCGAUCUGAAAGGCAUAGGGAUGAAACACACAAAUCUGACAGAUAUGGAGAUGAAAAGCACAGACAUCACAGAAGCCAUAGACAUAGGGAUGGAAAUCACAGAGAGGAUGAACAUAGGUCAAGCCGACACAGAGACGCCGAUUACCACAAAAGUCGAGAUGAGAGACAUAAAAGUGAUAGGGAUUCAAGUAGAAGAAGGGACGACUACAGAGAGCUGAAAAGUUACAAAGACGACCAUAGAGAUUAUAGAGAUCGUGAUGGUUAUAAAAGCAGAGAGGAUGCUAAUAAGAGUAACGUUUCAGAUAUAGAAAGGGAAGCUAAAUUGAAAGAAAUGCUUUUGGAGUCCAAGAAGCUGAAGAAUGAUCGUGAUGAAUGCACUCAAAUGUCAAGGGAAAAAGAACUCAGAAACAAACUGUUGGCUGCAAGAAACUCAAAAACAGCUGGGAAUGAGAAUCCUGAGUUUCUUCAAAGAUCCAAGAGAAUAAUCGAGGACUAAUUUAUAGAUUUUAAUUGAUGUGAUAUGACCAAAUUGUAAUCAUUUAUUCUGUAAUUGGCUCGAGUAUUUGAAUCUUGAUUAUUGACUACCAAUAAAUCCGGCUGCACCCAAAUUUUGGAAAACAUCAACAUCUCCGAUAAAUGUCACCAACAACAAACACCAAAACAGUUGGCGCUAGAUUUGAAGAAAACCGUACCAAAACAAUCUUGGCUGGCCUACAAUUGAACAUGUCACAAGAUUUUUAGAUGA